AUGCUAGACAUAUCCAUGAACUUCACACCUUUCAUCAUGAACGCACAAACCCCGCCGAGGCGGUUUGCCCUGCUCGUCGGAGUCGAUCUGUAUCAGAAUAACGGAUCGAGAAAAUCAAUAAAGCAUAACGGCGUCUCUUUGAAAAGCUUUCGAGGCUAUGUCAAUGAUGUCAGGCUCUUUGAAGAGUUUCUGCGCCAUCAUUUUCAACUUCAUGAGAACCGCCGACCUACCUUUGAGAAUAUCAAGAGGGAGUUCCUAGACAUCACCAGCCGUAACCGCCCUGGGCAUAUGUUCUUUUCCCACUUCUCGGGUCACGGUGCACUACUCCCAGGGGUCGGGGUAUCACCUGCCGGGCGUGAUGAGGAUCCAUCGCUGAUGACCAUGGAUUACUGCUGCUGA